AUGAAAGAAGAAUUUGAACAAAAGUUAAAACCCAUCCCAGUUGCAGAGGAUUCAAGCAAUCAAUCAACAAAAAAGACUGAAGAACAGAAGUGUUCCAGUUCUACCAACAAUGCAGAAGUGCUUACCAAAGCAGUUCCUGAUAGCAAACCACAAACUCCAAUGACUCCACUCAGUGAAAUAAAAGGCAAUGAAUCCCCUUCACUCAAUAAAGUCACAGUUCCAACACCUUUGGGCCUACAGGACACUAAUGUUUGCAUGAGAUCAGUCGGAACAUCUUCAAGAGAAUCUAUCCGAAAGAAGACUAGUUCAAAACAAGGAGCUGAUUUUAAAAAAUCAGAACCGGUACCACCAAUAUCUGAUGCUGAAACUCAGGUUGAGAUGGAUCCAAGCAAUAAACCAAAGACUCCACUCCAGGAUACAGGCAGUCUUGUUAUUCUUUCUUUUUCUCUCAGUGUCUCCUUUUUCUCUUUUCCUCUCUUCCACCUGACCUUUUAUUUUUAUCUCUUUCCCUAUUUCAGUGCCUCAGAUUAUCUCUUUCUCCCUCUCACUUUUUCUUGCUCUUCUUCUUUCUCUUCAUUUCAUUUACUUUUUAUUUUCUACACUCCCUCUUUAACUCUCAAUCCAUCUUUCUCUUUUGACUUUCACUCUCUUUGUCUUUAA